GGGGAGCGAUGUGGAAGGGGCAUUGUCUCUACGUCUUUGUGGCGGUGGUUGGGGUUCUUGCACUCCAAAAAGCCGUCUCUGGAGCUGGCGAAGCGUCCUCUACCGCUGGAGGGACCCGCACUAGCGGCCUUCGCAAUGGGGACGGCGGCGGUAGCGGACAAACGGAGCGUUUACCUGCACCCAAGCCACCUCCGCCUCCUACUUCUGCGCCUCCUCAGAGGACGGAGGGGGAGCAGAUCGCCGAUUUCCCUCCUCGGUCCUGGUCGGCGCGGCCUGGCAUGAGUGCAGGAAAGGACCCGGGGGACUUGCAAUCAGAGCCAAGGGAUGGUGGAGAUGGCGGGGCAGAAGAAGGGCAGUGCUUGGCUGACGACCAGGAAUGUGGGGAGCAACAAUGUCAGUGGAGCUCCGACACGGGAGCUGUCUACAGCCUACAGGCAUUCUCCAGCAGAGCUCUCCAGACCUCCGUCCAUAACCUGAAGGGUUCCCUCCUUCGUUUCAGCUUCUGCUCCGAGAUCACCUGCAACGGAAGACAGACGCCCACCUGUCUCAAUGUUCCGGGAGUCAAACUGACCUCAACCGGAGUUACGUCGUCGGUGACCCCCAUCGAACCC